AAUGCCACAUUGACACGCGGUGUUCAACAUUCCAGUGCAUUUGAACGGGGCAAAUAAAAAAAAAUACAUUAAACACAAGCAACGCAAAAAGCUUUGAAAUAAAUAUAUACUUACGUUCAUUAUUCGCGUGUGAAUCACCAACACAAACACUUGAUUUAUUUCUUGGCGUAGCAUUUUCGUGUGUCAUACCUAUUUGUUCGGGGGAAGAACCAUUUUUAUUUUCAACGAAUGUUUUGAGAUAAGCUAAACCCGACGAAUUAAACAGAAUCAUUCAGUUGUUCAUGGAUAAUUGACGACCGAAGAGAGUUUUUGCUGACUUUUAAGUAGCAAAUUACGCAGCAACAUUGGAAGAAAAUUACAAUAAAUUUACAAAAAAAAACCAAAUCGAACCGAAGUGAGCGACACGAGUAACAAGUUCAGUUUUAUUUUAUAAUCAUCCCUUUUAUUGGAUAAGAAAAAGAAAAUUCACAAUGUUGCCACAUUGCUUUCAAUCAAAUGACAAGGAUAUUGUCGAUAUGGAUACUAAGGAAAGAAUUCGCUAUAAUAGCGAAUCCUCAAUGUCUGGCACCAGUGGUUAUUCCACAACAUCUCCAGGACCAGGAAAUUCUCCCAAUUCUACAGGCUAUUCACCAGUGCAUUCGCCAGCAUCGACAAUACUACAAUCGGAAUUCUCCAAUUUGACCAUACCACAACAGAAUUCCUAUCAACAAAUACAUUCGUCCUCGCCGCAGUACAUGCAAUUACAAAAUGUGCCAUUAAAUCAGCAGACAACAGCAUACGUAACCACCUCCACCAGCAGCAACUACAGCAAUAUUGCUGUAAACUACAGUUUCGGAAACUUAGAAACAACAACAAAUACUUCAACCAUGCCUGUUAACUAUCAAAAUAAUUACACGCCUUCUUCAUAUAUGGCAGUGAAGCGUGAGUACGCCGCCACAAUACGCAUUUCAGAACAACCGGUCGAGAAAUUCCGUUUCCGAUACAAAUCCGAAAUGCAUGGCACUCAUGGUUCCCUUAACGGGGCCAAUUCAGUGCGCAACACCAAAAGUUUUCCCGAAAUCGAAUUAUGCGGUUACAAGGGUGAUGCUGUAAUCCGUUGUAGUUUAUUUCAAACAAAUCGCGAUAGUCCACAUAGCCAUCAACUUGUUGUGCGCAAGGAUGACCAUGACAUCUGUGAUCCCCACGAGCUGAAGGUGUCUGAGACCACUGGUUAUUAUGUGGAAUUCAAAAAUAUGGGCAUCAUACACACGGCCAAAAAAUUCAUUGUGGAGGAGUUGCUGAAGAAGAAACGAAGGCGAAAGCAUUUUGAGUUGGGUCGUGAUACAUUGACAACAAAAGAGGAACAAGAGCUCUUUAAGGAAACUGAGAAGGAGGCGAAGGAUAUGAAUUUAAAUCAGGUUCGCUUAUGUUUCGAAGCUUUUCUUGUUGAUGCAAACAAUCUUUAUACGCCGAUUGCUGCACCGGUGUACUCAAAUCCCAUUAAUAAUCGCAAAUCAGCUCAAACUGGGGAUUUACGCAUAACACGAUUAAGCAUUGCAACCGGCAGUGUAAUUGGCGGAGAAGAUCUUAUACUACUUGUCGAAAAAGUUAGUAAAAAAAAUAUUAAAGUUAGGUUUUUCGAAAUGAAGGAUGAUGAAAUGUUAUGGGAAGCCUAUGCCAGUUUCCGAGAAUCUGAUGUUCAUCAUCAAUAUGCCAUUGUUUGUCGAACACCGCCAUACGUGAAUAAAGAAAUUGACAAACCUGUUGAAGUUUUUAUAGAACUAGAAAGGCCUUCGGACGAUGAGCGUAGCUAUCCUCCAGUGUCUUUUAGAUAUAAGCCCAGAGAUGCGGUUAUAUCACGCAAAAGACGGCGCACCUGUUCCACCAUGUCUGGCAGCAGUGGCAGUAAUUCAGGCUCUUUGAGCUCUGGCGAUAUACCGAAAACCAUAGAAGAGCAGCAGCUAAAUCAGCAACAAAUGCAGCAACUACCAUCUGGCGAUCUUUUUCCCCUUAAGAACAUAUCGGAGGAAAUUGAUAAGCUUAUAAAUAGUCCAGAUUUUAAACGAAAAUUCAAAAAUUUUUCCGAGGAAAAUACAUACUUUCAAGAUAUAUUAAAAGCGGUUGAUGGAGAUAUUUUUUCCAAUUUUACCGAUGGCCUAAUUGGUGGUUUUAAUGAGAAGGAUGGAGCUGCCAGCAAUUCAUCCGAGAGUAGCAAAUCGUUGUUACAUUACAAAAAGUUAAUGAUAAGUAAAAAGUUAAUGGAUACUGCCCGACAAAACGAUGCGACAUCGGUAAGGUGUCUACAGAAAAUCACCGAUAUAUAUAUGAAGGCCAAAUCCAAUGUAUCUCAGCAUAAAAAAGCCGCAGAGGAAAUUGCAAAACAUUUACAGGAACAUGCAGAACAAUCAGAACUAAAUGGCGACUCGCUGAUGCACGAAAUGGUUGUGAACAACAACGGCACAAGCGCCAUGCGUCUAUUCCAUAUUUUAAAGUUUUUCGAAUUGGGACAACUGUUCAAUACCAUAAUAAACAACAAAAAUCAGACGGCAUUACAUGCUGCCUGUUUAUAUGACCGUUCCCAAUUUAUAAGGCCGCUCUUAAGUUUGGGCUGCAAUCCCAGCGCGCAGGAUAUAAAAGGCAACACAGCGUUACACAUAGCAGUACGCGAAGGACAUAUGCAAUGUCUGGAGUGUUUCCUGAAGUCUGAAAAAAGCGUUGAUUUGAAUAUAAGAAACGACGAUGGAUUUACCCCUUUACAUUUAGCUAUAAGGGCAAACAACGAUGAAAUGGCUUCAAAGCUAAUACUGGAUAAGGACAAAACAGUGGCGGCAGUCUCAAAUCGAAAAGACGGCAAUAAUGCCUUGCACACUGUAAUAGAGCAACAGAAUUUGCAUUUGGUCAAACUUAUACUUCAAAAUCAAACAUUAGCACCUAUACUACAUUCUACAAACACAGCAGGACAUACACCUUUGGAUUUGGCAAAACAGUUGGCCACCUCCAGUAAACAAGCUGGUGAAAUAUGGAGCUUAAUUCGAACCUAUAGCGGUGCCAACACAUCAUCGAAAGACGUCAAUGCUGUACCAUUUAGCGAUGUAGAAGACAGUAGUUCAGCGAUACUUGUUAUAAAAGAGGAAGAACAAACAUCCUCAUCAACCGAUGAUGAGGACGAAGAUAGCCUAGAGCCAAUGGUUACUAUACCUGUUUCCAAAGAUGGCAAUGUGGAAGUUGAAACACAUGACAUGGACAUUGAAAUAAAAACCGAAUUCGAAAAUGGAACUCCAGCUGAAAUAACAGCAAUUGAAUUGGGCAAAGCCUUAGAUGACACGCAGAUAUUCUCCAAAUUAUGUCAGGCUUUAAAAUCCAAUAAUAACUGGAAACAAGUGGUGGUUGUACCAAGCUUUUACCUUAAGGACCCGGAAACAAUGUUAAACUAUAUCAAGCGCAACGUAAAGAGUAUCGACUGUCAUUCAUUUGCUAUGACGCUGCAAAAGAUCGAUAAAAAUUUACUAAGUUUAAUAAAAAACUAGUAAUAAUAUAAAAGUAUAUAAAAUAGAUUAUAUUUGUACAUAUAUGUUAAGAAAUGUGAAAAAAAAACAAUUAUUGAAAUAAUACAAAUAAUAAAGGAACAAACCUCUAUAUACUGUACAAGUAUACAUGUCUAACCUUACAUAAACUAA